AUGCCCAGCAUUUCGCUAACCGAAGGGUAUACCUUCACAAAUUGGGGGCAGUUGACAACAACUUUCACGGCACCCGCCAGUUGCACUACCGCGACGGGAAACUAUAUGAUUGGACUAAACACGACAGCUCCUGUCAUGGAAUAUGCAAUCCAGUGCUCUACGUUAGGUUACGGCGACUGUAUUCCAAGUGGGACAGUAUCUCAUUUUACCACGAUAAAUGACAACCCCAAGGCAGUUUACAACGAGGCAUAUUUCUCACCUGGCCUCUACUGUCCUUCUGGAUGGACUACAAAAGGAAUUGCAAUACGCGAUGCCGACAAAAGUCUUAGCUCAUCGGGCGUCCUGAGUUCCGGUACCAGGGUUUCGAUGCCUACCUUCAUACCCCAGUGGCAAAACCCAGCUACAUUAUUGAUGGAUCUUUUGGACCCGAGCGAGACUCUCGUGAUGUGCUGUCCAGACUCAAUGACCGCAGACCUCGCGGUCGGAUGCUACUCUACCGUCUCUGAUUACAAAAUCACAGAAGGAUGCAUGCGUGAGAUUCCUGCUACGGACGUCGGCACUUCCACCGAAAUAAUCAUUUCCGAGGAGAGUACUUCCAGGCAGCUCAUCAAUAUUAUCACUGGGACGCAGCCAAUCAGUGUCACGACGCGAACUUUCAGUCCGUCGGAAGCCUCUCAGCUCGUCGCAGUUUCGAAACACAUUCUUGAGCGACAUCCGGGUCUCAGCGCGACGGAGAUUUGGGAGACUGCGUUUGAUGAGCUCCGAGCUUCAAAAUCCACCAAGGAUCUUGUUGUUGAAUAUGAGGAGUUUCUUCACCCCCACCUGGCUGUUGUGGCCUCAUGCAGCAAUGUCAACAACGUCGCGAUGAUUAUGGGAGGUCUCAACACGGACGACCGAGAAGCCACAAUGGAACGAUUAGCCAAAUUGCGUCUCGCAGAAAUCGAAGAGUCCGCUACCCGAAGAGAAGUCACCCUGGCAAUUUCAAAAAUCAUGGAGAAAAUCAAAGGGACGGUCGGAAAAGCGCUUUCUAUUUGUCAUCCGGCCGCGGCCGGAUGGGCAGUGGCAUGUCUCAUCAUCAUACCUAUCACAGAAAAUGUGGAGCAGGUCAAUGCAAACCAGGAUGGCCUCAGCUAA